UCCUCCGGACAAGCUUUGGUUUUUGGAUCGGACAACCUCGAUCUCCUCAUGAUUCUCUUCAAAUCACACCUCCAUUUGCUCUGCCCAAUUUUAGUAACGGUCUUGCUAUUGUCGGGAUGACGACAAACAUAUUAAAAGACAAAAAAAUAUAUAUUUUUGUGUAUUUUUUAUACUUUUAAUAUACAUUCACAUACUCAUUAUUGUCAGCCCAUUGAACUGAUUUUAGAAUUUUCGUUUUAGUAAAGCAAUCAAAAAUCAAACAAAAGCAUCUCUCUCUCCCCUCUCUCUCCUCCCCUGAGUCCCCUCCUCUGCCCCCAAUUUCCCUUUCACUUCAGGAAAACUAUAAACACAAACUCCCCAAGCAACAUCAUCAUCCCCCCCUCUCUCUCUCUCUCUCUCUCACCUACCUACCAAAACAAGAAGAAGAAGAAGAAGAAUCAGUCAUGGAUGAAUCCGAGUACUACGACCGUCGAUCCACCUCGACCCCGCGCCCUCCGCCGUCCACCACCAGCGUCCACGUCACCGCCCUCGACGGCAUCGUGAACGUCAACUCCCUCUUCACCAUCGCCGUCUUCGUGGGCCUCUCCCUCGCCUCCCCGGGCCAGCACAGCCUUGAGACCUCCGCUUGCGACGCCGGCGUCACGGCCGCCAAACACCUCCUCGUAUUCGAAGUGGUCUCCUUCAGCUUCUUCCUCUUCUCCUCCCUGGUGGCCCAGGGCCUCAAACUGGCCAUCAACCUGAAGAACAGCACCGACGUCGACGAGGCCUUCCGGGCCCACAUUAACAGCAGGGUUUUGAGGUCCGGGAUGCUGGCGUCGGCCGUCGGGUCGGUGAUGGGGUGCAUUUUCCUGAUGCUGUCGAUGGUGAAUGUGAUCCAGAUACGGCUGGGGACGCUGGCCUGCGGCAGCAGGUCGACGGUGCACGCGGUGGUGGCCCUGGUUGUGCUGGUGUCCUCUGCCCUUCUUGUUUAUAUAUCUACUGCUGUAUAUGCAUUUCUGCAGUAAUGUGUACUGGAGUAGUAUUUUCUUUGAACUAUUGGAUGGUUUUGGAGGUGUAUGAAUUAUGUCAAACUUUGGAGAAAUUGAUAAUAUUCCAUUUAAUUUUACUA